AGAAGACAUUCUGAUUACCGGCAACUUGAAUUGCCUGCGGCUGUUACUGAAAUUAACAGAUGGCAUAUUCCUUUCACAAUUCUCCUCGUAGAAUAAAUAAAUAGUAAUCAAAUGUUCAGAGGGGCAUCAUGGAACUCUCCUGGCGAUCAUCAAUCCCACACGAGUCUGUCUUCCUGCCUCCCUUCGGGAGUAAACUUGACCGGCUUCGCAGCCUGUGAGGCAAGCUUCCCUUUGUUUGGAUUCGAAGAAUGGGUGCCUCUAGCUUGAGCCUGGUAUGCAU